AUGGGUCCAGCCCUUAAACGUCGCAAGACCUCCAAGGUCGAAGAAGUCAGUUUCGAUGCCGCCGACCGCGAAGAAUUCUUGACUGGCUUUCGGAAGCGCAAGCAACAGCGCAUCAAGCAUGCGCAAGAGAUCGCGAUCAAGAGGGCGAAAGAAGAGAAGCGACAGGAUCGCAAGAAGCUUCGCGAAGAGCGAGCAGCAGAUUUCAAGCGAGCGAUGGAAGAGCACAAACUACAACUGAAGCGUCUAAAGGAGGAAGAUGCCAGUGACAACGGCGACUCAGAUUCCGACGAAGAGAGCGACGAAGAAUGGGAGGGGAUCGAGGAGCCGCCUGCGGUGGACUACGAGGCCGAAUACAUCGACGAAGACAAGUACACUACGGUUACAGUGGAAGAGAUUGACUCUUCGAGAGAGGGCCUGCGCAAGUCUAUCCUAGGAGAAGAUGACGAUGAAGAGGAGGCCAAGGCCAAGGCCAAAGCAGAGGAAGCAGCAAAGAAGGCAGAGGAGGAAGCCAAGACCGCCAGAAAGAGGAAAGGAACGAGUGACAAGCCCAAGAAGAAGAAGAAGCAGUUCCGGUACGAAAGCAAGCAGGAUCGCAAACUCGCCGCGGCUAAGCAGCGCUUGUCAAAGGCAAAGAAAGCCAAGGCACGGAGGGAGAAAUGA